CCCCCGACCCACAUUCCCAACCCUGGUUUUCCCUUGCUCACUCUGUCACAGGACAGGAGCGGGGGUGGUAAAUCCAGUCUGCACACUCACGUAAAAUCAAAAUUGAAACCACAUGUUCAAUAAAGGCUGGGCAUUGCAUCGUGCCUCUAGCCUUUGGGACGCUGCUGCUGCUGUGUCCAGAUCUGAGAGGCAGCCAAGCAUAAUUCUGGGAACUAACUGCCUGCUUAACAGCCAACCUCUUGCUGCCAUCGGCUCCCGAUCGCUGGAAGAUGAAGGGCACUUCUAUCGCUUCUGUCUUGCUGCUGGCACUGGUGGUGCCCUGGAAUGUGGAAAACCGCGUCGAAGGACAACCUAAAGCACAUGUAAAGUGCAAAAAAUUAUGCACCGAAUUUUCACAAAAACAAAUACCCCAGAAACUGUUGAAGACCUAUAGGAAGACAGAACCAUCAUGUCCCAAAGCCGCUAUCAUAUUUGUCACUCAGAAGAAUAAAGAGUUCUGUGCAGACCCAGAGGCGAAGUGGGUGAAGGGAGCAGUCCAACAGCUAAACCAAGCAAGUGCCCCUCUGAAUCUGCCACUUUCAAGCACCGUCACUUCUGCAGUUGUGCAAGAAGGGGCAAGAGUUUUUCACAGAUUAGUUGGCGAUGCUGGCUCUAAACCAACACUGCCCAGUGUUCCGGCCAGUCCCAUUCAUGGGGCUGGCACACCGGUUUCACACGCAGUAUACAGAUCUGUUGUGAGGACGGAGGAGCCCAACGUAUCCAUAUUGACUGUGCAAGAGACCAAGAGGUCUUCUACAAAAUCCUUCUCUGCAUUACAAGAGACUGUUACUCCAUCUACUGUCCACCCUGAGCCUGUUGCCGACAGCAGUGAAGUUUCCAUAAGAUCUGUUACAACGCCAGCAGCUGACAUACCAGACAGCACUUCCAGCAGAUUUCAUUCAGUUCCCACCCCUGUCAUGAAAAGCUCUGAGAGUUUUGCAGAAUCUAGAAACAAGUCCACAGGAUCUACUAUCAGUCCAACAACUGAUAUACCUAGCACAGCUCCCAGGAGAUUUAAUUCAGAUCCCACCACUGCUAUCAAAGGGUCUGAGAGUCCCAUACAACCUACAUACAAUUCUGUAGGCUCUACUAGAAAUCAAACAGCUGGUGGACUUGCCAGUGCUCCCAGUAGAUUUAUUUCAGAUGCUCCAUCCAUUGUAAAUGGCCCUGAGAUUGCCAAGUUAUCACCUACGUUCCCGACAACACCUUCUCUACUAAAAUCUGUUCCCAGCAAGCCUGUUAUAGGCCUUACAUCUAUAGGGCAAGUGACUGAGAACUCUACCAUAAAACCCACAGCUGUUCUAAACGGAAGUGAUGCCACCAAGGGAUCCACUCCACACCCCACAUCUCCUGGAGGAGAAAGUAGUUCUGUCAGUCCCGACAGUGGUGUUGAAAGAGAUGCUGUUAGUGACUCUAAGGCUGAUGCUCACACAGGUAGCUACUUAUCUCUUUUAGGAAAGAAAGAUCCUCCUCACUCUUUUCCUGAAUUCAUUUCAUCUACAGAAACAUCAGUCCUUUCUGUCAAAAGCUUCCCACUUCAGAACAGAGCAGAGGGGCCUUCAGAUGGUCCCUUGGCAUCCAGCAUUUUGCCUGCAUCCCGAACCCACAUCCUCAGACUUGCUUUGCUGGCGAGCAUUCUCGGUAUUUGCAGUGCUGCUGCAUGGAUGUAUGUAAAGGCCAAAAACUGCCCUGGAGACUCAGCUAUAGAAAUGAUAUAAAGCUUGCUCUUUAAUCAGCAGGGCUCUCGAACUAAUGAAUAUGCUAUGGAAGCCAUCUGAAUCCUUCAUAGCAUGGACUUGGGUUGCUACUGCUAAUAGGUGGACUCUAGGAUGUUUCUCUAACAGGGAGCAGGGAGGCUAAACCUCGCACUAAUCAGGUUUAUACUGGACUAAGCCAAAAAACAAUGCAAGGCAAAUGGGCCAAGGUAGAGAGACACUAAGGAAACUCACAGCUUCUGAGUGGAAUGCCAAAAAAUACCCAGGGAGCCAAGGGCGAAGUUUUAGGAACGAGUUGGUUGUCUUUUGUCUUGCAUCAUUAUAUGCAAAGGUCACAGCAGUUAUAGAGCAGCUCAUUUGCUGUUUGCCACUCAGUGCCAAAGGCAUGUUUUUGAACUGGUAUUGGAAGAGUUCCAUUCUGGCACCAUCCAGCUAAAAACCCAACCAAGCUGCUCUCAAGCUGAAUGCUAUGCCACCUCGAGCCUCUCCCUGCCUGAAGCGUGUGGUCCCAAACUUUGCACUUGUUACCCGUCUGCUGCUUCACUCCCUGCACUUUGGGUCCCCAUGUGGGGCCAUUCUGUUCUGAUUCUGUUUGCGUGAUACCUGAGGUGUCACUCAACUGGUUGCUGGCUGUUCCAGUCUUCAAGAGCCAACCGUGUCACUAACUGUUACCAGACCUGACCACUCUGAGUCCAGUGUUCCAAUGGGGCUGCCUAAAGUUAAACCUCGGAAUCCAGAUUUUGGCAGCUAAACACCCACUGGAGGCAGCUGUAGCUACACACACACACACACACACACACAUACAUACAUAUAUAUAACGAAUCCAGUGCUGCGCUUAUUGACUUCAAUGUGAACAGGUCUGGACUUCCAGAAUCUAAAUGUGCAUGCAGAAAAAGAAAGUUAAACAUGUAUAACAAAAGCUAAGACACAUAAAAUGCAGCUGCUUUAUCUGCGUAAUACACUAAGUACAUACAAACAGUAGAACAAGCUAACCACAGCUGAUUCUGUACUCAACUUCUGGGAAAGAAAAGCUAGACAAGGCAUAGGUGCUGAGGUUACCCCAAUUGGGAACCAGCAAACACACUUGUAGGGGAACUCUGACCCAGCAGCUGGGCUGAUGGGUUUCAUCUCAACAAUAUUUGUUUUUGCUCGAGAGCCAGUUCCCUUCCCCUUGGGUGUUGGUUGUGUAGAGGGGGCUGGAGGUAACUUGGUACAAAGGAUUCCGAAUGUGAUCGGAUACAGUGUAUACUUGAGUUUUAUGUGUGAAAUUCAGCCCUGUGCAGAGGCCCGGCACCCAAUGACUAAUGCAUUACUUUAGCCCUGUUUGGAAGUACAUAGGCCUUCAUGCAUGGGGGUGAAUUUAGCCCUAUGGGAAUAGGAACCCGUAGGUUGUCAGAAUGAUGUACAAAGGAUAGUCCUUUAAAUACAAAAUUUAGCCUUUUAUUUUUAUAGUACAUAGCUUUAGAAAUAUAAUGCAAAUGCAGAGUGCAGGCUACUGAUCUCCUAACCCGUCCCUGGCUAGUGAACGUUAGCAAUGCCUAGGACUGACAGAUGCCUUCAGUACAAAACGGUGUCCUCUUGGUGUUCUAGCAAUGAGCACGGACUUCAUCACAGAAUAGCUGGAGUUAGAUGCUGCAGGAAGGAGGACUGGUGACUGAGCAGCUAUUGUCUUCCCUCUUCCCAAUAAGCCAGGUCUCGACUAAUGAUCCAGGAGGCUGUUAAGGGGCG